UGGCGGAGGCGGAGGCGCAGGCGGGCGGGGUGGGUUGCUGCAAGCUAGGCUGAGCAGGCGGAGGCCGGUAGCGGGCCGGGAAGGCAAGGUCUGGGCUGUUGCAUUUCGGCCUGGCCAUGGCAGUGGCGCCUCUGAAAGUGUGCAUCGUGGGCUCCGGGAACUGGGGUUCAGCUGUUGCAAAAAUAAUUGGUAAUAAUGUCAAGAAACUGCAGAAGUUUGCCUCCACAGUCAAGAUGUGGGUCUUUGAAGAAACAGUCAAUGGGCGAAAGUUGACAGACAUCAUAAAUAAUGACCAUGAAAAUGUAAAAUAUCUCCCUGGACACAAGCUACCAGAAAAUGUGGUUGCGGUCUCUAACCUCAGCGAGGCUGUGCAGGAUGCAGACCUGCUGGUGUUCGUCAUCCCCCAUCAGUUCAUUCACCGGAUCUGCGAUGAGAUCACCGGCAGGGUGCCCAAGAAGGCGCUGGGGAUCACCCUCAUCAAGGGCAUCGAUGAGGGCCCAGAGGGACUGAAACUCAUUUCGGACAUCAUCCGUGAGAAGAUGGGCAUUGAUAUCAGCGUGCUGAUGGGCGCCAACAUUGCCAGCGAGGUCGCUGCAGACAAGUUCUGCGAGACUACCAUUGGCAGCAAAGUCAUGGAGAAUGGCCUUCUCUUCAAAGAACUUCUGCAGACUCCCAAUUUUCGAAUUACUGUGGUUGAUGAUGCAGACACUGUUGAACUUUGUGGUGCUCUUAAGAACAUUGUCGCCGUGGGAGCUGGGUUUUGUGACGGCCUCUGCUGUGGAGACAACACCAAAGCUGCGGUCAUCCGCCUGGGCCUAAUGGAAAUGAUCUCCUUCGCCAAGAUCUUCUGCAAAGGCCAGGUGUCCACAGCCACCUUUCUGGAGAGCUGUGGGGUAGCUGACCUGAUCACCACCUGCUACGGAGGGCGGAACCGCAGGGUGGCCGAGGCAUUCGCCAGAACGGGAAAGACCAUUGAAGAAUUGGAAAAGGAGAUGCUGAAUGGGCAGAAGCUCCAGGGACCUCAGACUUCUGCCGAAGUGUACCGCAUCCUCAAACAGAAAGCACUCACUGACAAGUUCCCACUGUUUACUGCAGUGUAUCAGAUCUGCUACGAAGGCAGACCCGUCUCAGAGAUGCUGUCCUGUCUCCAGAGCCAUCCAGAGCACACAUAAUGUGAAUCAUGUACUAGGCUGUGUAUUGUUCUGCCUCUCCCAUCGGUCUUUUGGAUUCAUGUGGAAACCAAGACCUGGCAACAAGGUGUUUGCUUCACUGUACUCCCAUCAUGGAUAUCUAUGAAUUAUUACAAACUCAUUUUGAAUUCAAGGCAGUUCGUUGGGUAAGACACACUGGGCAACAACGAAACACACAUAUGAACAUGUGCGUGUGUGUAUACCUGCUCAUUGUUCAUUCUGUGCGUGUUUCUGUGAGCCAUAGUUUUAUGUCCUUUUAAAAUAGAUUGCAUUUCAAAUUUCUCUACUAGGUAGUCAUUAUGAUUGGAAUUAUAUCAGCCAAAUUUUUUAGAUGCAACUCACAUGUGUUUGAAUGGAAGAAUUAUUUUUUUCUCAAUUUUUUAAAAUGAUAAAUUUGACCAGCAUUAAAAUGGUGGGUUGGAUGGAAGGGAAAAUGUAUUCAAAGGUCACCAUAUUUAACUUUCAAACACUGUCUUGAAACCAGCAUAAUCAUCUGCUACUUUGAUUGUGAGUUGAUCUUUUUUCAAACAAUUAGAUGUUUUAAAUUACGAACCCACAUUUUUCUCUCACUGCAGUUUUCUGCAUUAUUUAGGCACCUUUCUCUUCUUUAGCUGCAAGAAUGUGCUUUUGUAAAGACACAGUGGUAGCUGAGGAUUUAGCUCAGUGGUGUAAGUACCUGCCUGGCAAGUGCAAGGUUUUGAGUUUGAUUGCUGGUACCAAGAAAAAAAAAAAAAAAAAAAAAGUCAGAACCCUGAGAUUUUCCUGCUGUGAACAUACACUUGUGUGAUGCGCUGUUAGGUGGUGCUUUUUGCAGAUAUUUCUCUUAAAUCUCACAGAAUCCCUGAGAGGGGGCUGCUGUUGUCCCUCUUAUAAGAUGCAGUCACUGCACCUGGUCAUGGGGUGAGGAAGGACAAAACAGGAGUCGGAUGCAUUGUCCUUCCACCCCACCAAGGUGCAGGACCUUUUAAGACAUCACCAGACUCACCUGAGCUCAGCCUGACAGCUUGUGGCAAAUGCAUAUGUAGCCUUUCCUGAGGCCACAGUGGGGCUUCCUGCAGCUGAGAAUUGUGUGGGUCAGGGUCUUGAUGGCCAUCAUUCCACAUACGAUCCCUCUACCACCAGCACCACCUUACCUCUUAGAAACGCACAAUUUGAAGCUGGGUAUGGUGCAUACACCUGGCAUCCCAGCUACUCAGGAGGGUAAGGCAGUAGGAACCCAAGUUCAAGUCCAGCCUAGACAACUUAAACAACAAUCUUGUCUCAAAAUUUUAAAAAGGUUGAGGCUGCAGCUCAGGGGUAGAACACUUGCUUAACAUGAGGGAGGUCCUGGGUUCAGCUCCAGCAGCAGAGGAAUAAAAGGAUGCCAGGCCCCACCCAAACCUCUGAAGUGGCACCUCUGUUUCAAACUGCCUUCUGUGUAUUUUGGAUGCUUACUAGAAUUUGAGAACCACUACUGUAGAAAAUUUACUUUAACAUGGUUAUCCACAGACCAUCUACUCAGAAUGUCCUGGCCUCCAGGGAAUGUUCCAAGGUCCCCUGAAAAAUCAGGUCACUUAGAGAAGCUGCACUGUGUACUCCUCUUGAAGGUGUAGAAUGUAUGUUUGGAUCUCAGUGCAACCUUUUUUUUUAACUGAAGUCCCAAACAUGUUAGACCUUAGAGAUCGUUUGGCAAGGAGACUAAAUUAGCCAAAGUUUCUGGGGAACACUGCUGCUGGUGAAAGUGACAUUUGGACAACCCAAGUAGACCCUGUGAGAAAUAAAGACGAAACGCCUGCCUAUGAUGGUGUUAAUUCUGGACUUAACACCUGGGAUCUGCCAUGAACCUUCGAUGAAGCUUUAAGGUGACACUAGCAAGUAUAUAACCAACUAGAUGCCAACCUUGCUGAAACGCAUAUUAUGUGGAGUAAGUGCUUUUAGUUCUAGAAUUAAAAUCGGAAUUACUGUACCUUCUGAAAUGCAAUUGGUUUCAUAAUAGCAUUCCAGUUACCUUGCAUAGCAUUCCAUAAGUAUUAAACGAACAUAUGAAUGUCACUUAUAUAUAUCCAUCAUGAGUUUCUUUGUGAGAUUGUUUGCUUCUACUUACUCAUCCUGGUUUGAUACUUUUUUUCCUCCUAUAACUGAAAUGAUUAUAGAAUAGAUUUUUUGCUAAUAUUAAAACUCUGUCUAAAAUACUUUGGGGGCAUUUAAAACUCCAUGCACAGAAGUGUAUGAAAGCGCACAAAUGCUCUGAGUUUCAGCAGUUUUAGUGCCACCGUUCAAUUUUGCUGGUCUCUUGUUAAUUUUUAAAAAAAAAAUUUGUACAUAGGUAACAAAGAGUUGCUUUUUAAGAUAUAAAAAGGGCUGUGAGCUAACUGUGGUAUGUCUAUUAAUUAGGAUAAUACGUUGUGAGGAGCUAGAAUUUCGUGUGUUUUGUAUAUACUCACCUGCAUUCAGCUUCCCUCUCUGGAUGUUGUACUUGAGUGUUUUUUUCUUUACAAAUCCCACCCUGCAGUCUGCUGACAGUACCUCUUCAAGAUACUUUAUAGUAAUCUGCACAUUAUGGAAAAGUAAAUUUUAUAAGUUUGUGCUCUACUAAUGGUAGUUAUUUAUUACUCUAUGAGUCAUCUAUUUUUAUAACCACCUUUGGUCUACCAUUUAUUUUGAUUUCAUGUUUCUUACUAAUUAUGGUGAUAGGGAGGGAAAUACCUUGAUUAGAAACUUAAUAUCUAAGCCAACCUGUGAAUGUAAAAAUUAUACUGCUGCCUUGCUUCAUCUACCCUGCUGGAGUGUGGAACAAAUCCCUGUUUGGAAUCCAUGCUAGGAGAUGGCCUCAAGCUGGUUUUUUUUUUUUAAUAACGAUAACAUUGCUGUCUGUUGGCCCAAGGAGGACAUUGUGGCAAGGUGCCAGCAUGUAGAGAGGAUUUUGAUUUUUCCACUAGUUCUAAUUUACUGGGCUUUUACUUACAUGUGUACUGUAAUUGUUUACAGACCGUGGAUGGAUGUAUAAUUUAAAGGCGUGAUUUAAUAAACACUUAACCCCCA